AUGAAUCGCCAUGAGGACAGGAGUUGCACGGCGACGGAAGGUCCGUCAGAUCCGACAACGCUCCCGUCCAUGCCUCACUGUAUGCCUUCUCAAGCCUGCCUGUGCCCAAUUAGUCUACAGGUUGGCAUGGAAUUGGCUUUUCUAGUUUCCCGAAUCCACAAAGUUCGUGGGUUGCCCCAACUUGAUCCUCCCCAGGGAGAAGAUGACGGCGUAUCACCCCCAGGCAGUGAACUCUCCGUUCAAGAGCCAAAUGCGCACCUAAAGGGUAGCCAUGAGGACGAAGUGAAUAUUCCCGCUGAAAUUACCAGGGAGUCCGGAGGCUCCCGUGGGCAAGGGGGAGCCGACGAGCUGUUAGGCACAGAAGUUAGACCUGGAACAGGGGUAGGUUGUACCCAGCAGGCGGAUGUUGAAGCAGACAUCCAGGAGGGGCCUCUCACUUCUACGCCUUUACUCUUGAGUUCCAACGCCAGCUGGCCUCAACUCCUUAGCGCUUACGGCUUGAUACACCCCCCAGUGCCCCGGUUGGUGGAGCGAUUACUGCUUCAUGCUUUUGCGUCGACCAAGGAGUCGGCGCGGCUGCUAGAGAGCAGCGAAGAACUGCCAGUUGCUAUCCUGCUUCGCCAGUUGCUCUCCGAAGGAAACUUCAAAGAUCUUAUCGUCACGGCUGCUCCGAGUGCCUCUCAGCCUUCCGACAGCUCCCAGAGUCCUCAGAGCCAACACAGCAUGGACUCCAUGCCUGCUGGCUCAUCCGCUGUCUGCAGCAACGACGCUGGCAUAAGUGGCAGCGGCGGAGUUGCUGGAGCAGAGAAUGGUGACGUGGUAUUGCUGCAGGUUAGCAGCAGCGAGCAACACGGGCAACCAUUGCAGCAGGAACAGGCUUCCACCCUCUCUUUAUCGGCAGCAGGUUCCGACCCGGAAGUCCCUCGUCAGCGCGAACAGCCUGAUGCCGCGAAUCUGCAUUCAGCCGCCUCUGCUGCGAUUCGCCGCAUCCGAGCGUUGCUGGAGGAGGAGGCAAGUGAGGCGGCUCAGCGCAGAGACAGUUCGGAAAGUGCAGAAGACGAUCCUGCUCCGCCACCCACCAGCACCAGGGGCGCCGGGUGUCCUGAGGAAUGCAUAUUUGGUUCUGGAAGGCUGGAAGCGCCAUUUGUUUCCUCAACUCCCCCUGCAACAUCGCAUACAGACGAGUCGGAAGAGCCAGGCAGCUCCUCUGCAGAAGAGGACUCUGCCACAGGGAACACUGCAGGGAACCAGAGGGAAGCCCCCGCUGGGAUAGCUGCGCUAGUCCUGGCUGUACCUUUUGAAAGUGAAGACGAGGACUUGGAUGCUUCAGCCCAGCAAAUGGAAGAGGGUGGACCUGGAGCCGUUGCUGCAGCCGCGCCGAAUCCAGCGGACAGCAGCUUCAACUUGUCUCGAAGUUCUUGUGAUGGAAACCUCCAAACGCAGUCAGUACUUGCUGGAAGAGGCCCAUGGGUGGAGCCACAGCCGGAGGCAACUGAGGAUUUGGGGAAUGAAGGGCAGUCAUGCGAUCUUCCCCAGGAGGCUGGACGUACCGCUCAUGCUGUGGACAGCGGGCUUAGGUAUAUCAACGAGCCUCUCUCCGUUGGCUGUUGUUUAUCCCCAGUUGCCUUAAAUGAACAGGGGCUACAGGGCGAAACGCCGUUGCAGCCACCAGGGGCAACAGGAAACACGGGGCCUCUGCCCUCUCCAGACGGGCAAACACAACUUUCCACGGCCCAGCUUGGGUCGCCAGAUCGUCGGAACUCAGACGAUCCAGCAAGUCCGCUAAUGACUGGAAUGGGGUCCGCAGCGUCUUCUUGGGGUACAAUAGAAGCCCUUGAGACUGCGGCCUUGGAGCGACAGCCUCCAGCUCAUGUCCUAUUGAGAGGCAUGCGUACAACGCUGCCUCAAUUUCCAGUAUCCCGAUGCCAGCGAACCGACUUUAACAGGCGGCGCUGGACAGAUGGCUACGGUGGGUUUCCGCAAAGUGGCCAAGUAGGACUGUAUGAGCAGCCGCAGCUGGCAAUGCACCAGCAGCAGCAGCAGCAGCAGCGCCCAGUGCCCUUCCUGUACGACCCCCGCCCGCAGCAAACUGCCCGCAACGGUGCUCACGCAUCCAGCAGCCUCUUGGUUACUACGCGCCCUUCGUUUCCACGCAGGGGAGCUCAAACUCAAGGCUCAGUUGAGUAUGCAAGUCCCGGAUCUGGGCGCGCUGAAGGCGCUGCAAGCGAGAGGUCUCACCAAACAGAACCCCUAUCUUUUCCUUCUAGCGCUCAAGCCGAGACAGUCAGCUCGAUGCACAACCUCGAUGAAGGACAACAGUACUGCCAACGAUCCGCUCACGUGCUGCUGGAACCCUCAACGUUCAACAGAAGCGGACACCCGACUCCUAUUCAAAUGGAGCGCCCCCCUAGGGCAGAGUUCGCUCUAAGGGCAGUGCUGUCUGAAGAGGGUCCCCCACGACCGUCAGGAUAUUCUGCGCAGCGCCAGCUGCACGUCAAUUCGCCCAUACAUACAUACGGGGCUGGAGCGCCAAUGUCUACGCUUCGGUCGAACGCAGCGCGUGAUGCUAUGCUAGACUUGACAAGCCCCCCCAGAUAUCCUGCGGAGGCGUGGGCGGAUGGUGGCUAUGGCCAGUCUCCGUUUUUUGCGGACAGAGACGCCUCUGGUGGUGCAAUUGCAGGCGCUGGCAGCAGCCGGCCUUCAGCGUUUGCAACGGAGGCACAAAGGGGCCACACGCUUCCUCCCAGGCCGUUCUUGCGAAGUACUGGGGCCGAUACAGGCCACAACACUGGGCCCCCCAUAGCAUCUGAUUGGUCUUUGCAUGCGAAUUCACUUGCAGAAUCCAGGGACCAAGAACAAAGCUUCUUUCCUGGACAACACCUUCGCAGCGCCAGGCGCCAUGAGGGGGACUCGAAUGAAAGCAGCCAGCUCCUGCAGCAACACGUUGUCGAACAGUGGAUGCGAAAGACAGAAACCCACAUGGAAGGUCUUGAGCGGCUCAUGCAAAGGCUCCUCGCAAUUAUGGAAGCUGUGGAGGCGAGGGAACUUGGACUGAAUUGA